GCAAAAAUUACAAAACGGUUUUCGCUGUUUAUGAUCAUUUUGUGAUUUAUAUUCUGUAUAUUUUAUAAGAUGUGAUUUAUUCUAAUGGUUUUUAAGCUUUAGAAUUUUUCAGUAUUAUUUUUUUUUUCCUAUUAACUUAAUUUUACAACUAUUAUGCCAUGUAAAACCACAUGUUUGUACAGAAACUGCUCUUCGCAAAGUUCCAAGGAAGUUUUUCGCUUCUUUCCGUUACCAAAAGACCCCCAAAGACUUCGAUUGUGGCUCGAAGAAUGUGAUAGAAAAGACCUGUUACCUAAAAGCCUCGAAAAGCUACACAAUGAUUACAAAAUUUGCGAAUUCCACUUUGAACAAAAAUACAAAACAAGGGAUGAGAAAACGGCAGAAUUAUCAGAAGAUGCUAUUCCUACAAUAUUCGUACAUCGAAAGUCUACAAAAUUACCCGAAGAAUUGGUUUAUCAUAAAUGUCAAUCUGGCAUUUUCGGCAAAAUGGCCACACCGACAUCGAAAGUUUUAUCGGGAGUACAAAUCGCCGGGGAAAUCACAGAGAACCUCAAGCGUACCGUCCAACAGAUUCGAGAGCAACUGCCCAAUUUCCAGCCAGGCCUGGCCAUUCUACAAGUAGGAAAUCGAGAAGACUCUAAUGUAUACAUUCGCCAAAAAAUUUUAAACGCCUCGAAAAUCGGCAUCAAAGCGGAACACAUCAAACUACCAACGAGCACUACAGAAAGAGAGGUUCUAGAUAAGCUCGAAGAGCUAAACAAUGACCCCAACGUACACGGCAUUAUCGUGCAAAUGCCGUUGCAUUCCGACAAUAAAAUCAACUCGAAUUUAGUGACGGACUCCGUCUCGCCCGACAAAGACGUCGACGGAUUGAACACCAUCAACGAAGGGAAAGUGUCCAUCGGCGAGCUGAACGGCUUCCUGCCUUGCACCCCUCACGGCGUCAUCGAGCUGAUCAAGCGAUCCGGAGCGCCCGUCGCGGGGGCCAACGCCGUCGUUUUGGGGCGCAGCAAGAUCGUCGGCACCCCGACGGCGGAGCUGUUGAAAUGGCACCACGCCACUGUGACCGUGUGCCAUUCUAAAACGAAGGAUUUGAAGAAAGAGUGCAGAAGGGCCGACAUCCUUGUGGUGGCGAUCGGUCAGCCGGAGCUGGUCAAAGGGGAUUGGAUCAAACCCGGCGCUGUUGUUAUUGACUGCGGUAUUUCUGCUAUACCAGAUCCGUCGAAGAAGAGCGGCCAGCGGCUCGUCGGCGAUGUGGCCUACGCCGAAGCCAGCCAAGUAGCUUCGCAUAUAACCCCCGUACCAGGCGGCGUGGGACCCAUGACGGUAGCCAUGCUGAUGCGAAACACCGUCGAGAGCGCCCAGAAGAUGGCUCAAAAGAUUCUGAACAAGUCCUGGAAUUUGACGGCGUUGCCGUUGAAGUUGAAGACUCCGGUGCCCAGCGAUAUAGAGAUAGCUAGAGCUCAAAAACCGAAGAAUAUUUCGCUGUUGGCGGAAGAAAUAGGACUGGUACCUUCAGAGUACUCUCAAUAUGGUAGUAAAAAAGCGAAAGUUGCUCUAUCCGUAUUGGAUCGCUUGAGUAGCCAGAAAAACGGGAAAUAUGUACUUGUCGCAGGAAUGACUCCUACACCUCUUGGAGAAGGAAAAAGUACCACUUUAUUGGGACUUGUUCAAGCGCUGUCCACUCACCUCAAGAAAAAUACUUUUGCCACCAUGAGGCAACCCUCCCAAGGACCCACCUUCGGCAUUAAAGGCGGCGCCGCGGGCGGCGGAUACUCCCAAGUCAUCCCCAUGGAGGACGUAAAUCUCCAUUUGACGGGCGACAUUCACGCCAUAACGGCCGCCAACAAUCUCCUCGCCGCCCAAUUGGACGCCCGGAUGUUCCACGAGGCGACGCAGAGCGACGCCGCCCUCUACAAUCGGCUCGUGCCGACGAUCAAGGGCGUCCGGAAGUUCUCCAACAUCCAAUUGAGGCGAUUGAGGAAAUUGGGCAUCGACAAGACCGAUCCGGACAGUCUCACGCCCGAGGAGCGCGUGAAAUUCGCCCGAUUGAACAUCGAUCCGCGCAACGUCGUUUGGAGCAGAGUGAUGGAUAUAAACGACAGGUACUUGCGCGAGAUAACGAUCGGCGAGUCGCCGACGGAGAAGGGCCUGUCGCGCAAAGAGGGCUUCCAGAUCAGCGUCGCCAGCGAGAUAAUGGCCAUACUGGCUCUGGCCAAAGACAUGGGCGAUUUCAAAGAGCGUCUGUCGAAGAUGGUGGUCGCCUUCGACACGUCGAAUCGGCCCGUAACGGCCGACGAUAUCGGCAUGACGGGCGCUCUGAUGGUGCUGCUCAAAGACACCAUCGAGCCGACGCUGUUGCAAACGCUCGAAGGCUCGCCGGUGUUCCUGCACGCCGGCCCGUUCGCCAACAUCGCGCACGGUUCCAACUCCAUCAUCGCCGACAAAAUCGCCCUGAAGCUGGUCGGCGAAGAGGGCGUGGUGCUCACCGAAGCCGGCUUCUCCUCCGACAUCGGUAUGGAGAAGUUCUUCAACAUCAAAUGCAGGGCGUCGCAGGACGUGCCCAGCGCCGUGGUGCUCGUCACCACCGUCAGGGCUCUGAAGAUGCACGGCGGCGGACCGGCCGUCACGCCCGGGGCGCCGCUGCCCGCCGAAUACACCCGAGAGAACCUCGAGCUGCUCGAAAAGGGCAUCCCCAACAUACUGAAACACAUCAGCAACGUCGGCAAGUUCGGCGUCCCCGCCGUCGUCGCCAUCAAUCACCGAGAGACCGAUACGGAGGCGGAGGUGGAGCUGGUGAGGCGGGCGUGCAAGGCGUCGGGCGCCUUCGACGCCGUGGUGUCGAAGCACUGGGCGCUCGGUGGCGCCGGGGCGGUGGAACUGGCGGAGGCGGUGGUGAGGGCGACGGCGGCGCCGAGCAAUUUCGGGUUUUUGUACGAGUUGAAUCGGCCGAUCAAGGAGAAGAUCGAGAUUAUCAGCAGGGAAAUGUACGGGGCCGGCGGGGUUUCUUACACCGACGUGGCUGAAAAGAAGAUAAGGCAGUACGAGGAACAGGGUUUCGGGAAUCUUCCGAUUUGCAUGGCUAAGACUCCGUUGUCUUUGACGGCGGAUCCUUCGAUUAAAGGGGCUCCGACUGGUUUUACUAUUCCUGUUAAGGAUAUGUACAUAUCUGUAGGAGCGGGAUUUAUUAUUCCUAUGACUGGAGAUAUUACUCGAAUGCCUGGAUUGCCCACAAGGCCUGCGAUAUAUGAUAUUGAUUUAAAUAUCGAAACUGGCGAAAUCGAAGGCUUGUUCUAAUAUGUUAUCCUUUGUUGCUUAUACAACUAGUCGAUUUAAAAUAAAUAUUUGUUAAAAAAUUGUAUUACUUAUUUUAACUGGCAUCUUCUAAUAAAGUCUUUA